UCAGCCCAUAACCCUUGAUAAAAAAUUACAAAAUUUUCACCCCUUGAAAAAAGCCCACAACAAAAUUUUCAUCCCUUGAAAAAACCCACAACAAAAUUUAAAAGCCCAGAACGUAACCCAUAAACAUAUAGAGCUCUUAUCACUCUCUCGUUGAAAGCAUGAAACUGAGAAAGCAUAGAAAUCUCACAGAGCUCAUGGAAAUCUCAUAGAGCUCGACGAUCAUGGAGAUCUCAUAGAGCUCGAUGAUCAUCGAUUAGGUACGUAAUCGCAUAGCUCCGAUUAGGCACGAGUUGAUAUCGGUUUUGUGACUCUUCAUCGUUGUGUUUCUCAGCUCCGAUUAGGUUGUAGCGCAGAAAGCGAAGGAAGCUGAAAUCACUGUGCAGGACUCGCUUCUUCUGACGAGGAAUCUGCCCCGAAUUGCUAUAUUCAAUAUUAGUUACAUUAGAGGCCUGUAUAUAAGAGAAAUUUAGUAAGCUUGUUGUAUUUUUCAGUUGUCAUAUCUAUGACCAGCUUUGGGUUGUGGAAAUUGAGUGGGAGAUUACUGAUAGUGGAGGUUAGUGGUAAGGGGAUGAAACUAGGGGGGUUUAUUUGUUUUGGUUGGGUUCAUCCACAGCGUGAAUUGGGUUUAUUUGUCUUUCAAAGUGAAUUGUUGGUUUGGUUUUAUAAAAUUUUGAGUGUGAUUUGACUGUAAUGGGUUUAGUUCUUUUUAAAUUAAAUGCAUACCUAGUGAGAACCCAGUUCUCUGAGCUGUUGUUGCAAUUAGAGUGAUGCUGUCUUCUAAAGUGAUGUGUAAAGAUUGUAUAAAUACUGCUAACUGCUGCCCAAAAUGCAACUCACUUAUAAUAAUUUCUUGAACAAAAUGGAUUUUUUUUAAUCUUCAUGGGGCAUCCUAGUAUCCUACCCUUCUUUCUUUUAUUGUUUUUUAGUUUUGUUGAUUAAAGGAUUAGAGUAGCCUAUAGUUUGUUGUUUUUUUUUUAUGGGUUCUUAGCACACUGCUUGUGUACAGUCAGCUCUUCCUCCUGAGCAGCUAGCUUGGUGUGGGUUAGACAGUGUGUUACUUUUAAUCUAAUACUUGUUUGGAGAUUCCAUGAAUCUAGAGCGCUCAUGUGCUUUGAUAAAGGGGCAAGAGAUCAAGAUGAGAUACAAUAUAAUAGAAACUUCAAUUCCUCAGAAACAUGGACUUGCUAUUGCUGGUUAUGAGUCGGCUUUCUUGAAGCAUGUUGAUUUUGAUGUUGUUCGCUGUGCUGUGAUUGCAAGUCCUGGUUUCACAAAGGAUCAGUUUCAUCAUCACUUAUUGUUGGAGAUAAAAAGAAGACAGUUGAGACCUAUUAUCGAGAACAAGUCACAGAUAGUUCUUGUGCGUACAACAUCAGGAUACAAGUGGCUUUGCUGUUAAUUUGGGUUGCUGAUAUAAGGAAACAUGUGAAUAAUUUAGAAUUUGGGAAGGGACAUGUAUAUAAAGCUGUGCAUGUAAUCAAUUUUUAUUUCCUUUCAUUACCUUUGGCCUUAUAUAGGAUGUAUUAGGAUUUGUUCUGUUCACAUACUACCAUGUCAGAUUGUGCAAAGAACUUUGUUUUUACAAUUUAAAACUCUUGCCCCUGUUGACUAUUGAAUUAGAUCAUAUAAAUAUUGAUCGGGUUAAUCUGA